AUGGCGACCGCCCCCGACUAUAAGAAUAUUCCGCACUCUCACCGGUUGCCGAUCAACCACCGCGAGGUCCAGCGCACCUUUACAAAGCUCUCUCGCCAAUCGCUCGUGUCGCUUGCGCUGCAAUGGCUCAGCAAGAAAAACCGCGACUUCUGCAAGCCGUAUCUGCUCAGUGAUCGAGUGGAUGAGGACGACGAGGAGAUAUACGAGCCGGCGCAAAGCUAUGAAGUGCUUCAAGAAACGUACAAACAGCUAGCUGCGCGCAAAGGUGGCAGGAGGGAGGUGCUUGACCGCAUACUUGAGGGAGAUUGGAGACACGGCAUAUCCAUGUACCAAAUGGCAACGGCAGAGAUACAGUACUUACUAGAUCAUCCGAAUGCCUUGCGUUGGACGGCGAAGCGCCUCACAAAGAUACCUAGUGCGCGAUCACCAGUGACGGACAUGGAAGUCACAAACGAUUCAGACCAUCUUCCACGAUUCCAAGCGCAGACCUUCAUGUCAAAUCUCGCAAGAGAGCUGACGCCGCUUAUGAAGGCACAUUACCUGAUUACACGGAUAAAAUCGUCGCCCAUGACCAUACUACGAGUCUACAUUCACGAUUCGCCGUACAGCACCGAAGCGUCGCUGACCGUCGAGUCCAGCAGCACGGAUAGCGCCAAAGCUGUAUUCUUCGUAUGGCCUAACGGAUCGCCUUUCGUAUACUCGUCGCUAGCAACGCUUACCGGCCAAGUCGUUGGAGACCAAGGGAGACAUCUGAGGGAUAUCGUGCAGCAAGCUAUACCGAAAGCCUUCUCAAGACCGUCUGCGCGUUACCAGUUAACAAGUACGAACUUUACCACCAAGUCACUCGAUGCCCUUUUGACGUACCGCGGGCCUGGGAAGAGCAAUGCUGCAGCAGGUGGUUGGAGCAUCUUUCAAGAUCAUAGUUUUAGUCAGAAUGCACUAGACUUUAUCACCACACAAAAGAGUGAAGGGCAAGACAAGAUGACCGGGGAAAAGAGCAAUACCAAUGGUGGAUCCAAAGCUGGACCCGGUCGACCCAAGCGACCACUGGACGACAAACAGUCUUCAGAGGCCAAACGUAGGAAAGAGGUAGCUGCUGGACGGUUCGGGACCUCAGCGCAGCCUGACGAUGGUCAAGGUCUUGAGCGAUUCGAAGUCCGCAUCGAUGACCCAUUUCCAUCUCCAUCUAACGGCAGUACUCCGACGCAACUAGACGACGAUAUAUCGAACCUUGAUGCUCAAACUGGCAGCCGUACACGGCGCGGCCGCCCCUCUCUUCUCGACAGAACCGCUAAAGAUCUCGAGGAAAUACAAAAUGAAGAGGGCUGGGUACCGAACGUACGGGUCACGUUCCAAGGGACGCAUGUGUUCGCCGGUAUCAGGCAGUUGGUAGAAGAAGGUAUUAUAGACGGUGAGAAGAUGCCAGGCUGGAUGACUGGUGAAGCUGGUGUCACCAUAGGUUCGGUCAAAAACGGACGCAUCCGCAGCAAGGAUGGUGUACCUGGUGUUUAG